UCAUAUGAAUAGUUACCUUUUGUAAGUUUAUUCUUGAUUUAAAUAAGUGGUUGGAAGAAUGAAGAUUUUAGUUAAGCUAAUUCUUAUUUGAAAAAGUAUUAAUAAAAUCUAUUAUUAAUAUUAGAAUUGAUUAAACAAUUAGGAGAAAAAAUAAACCACCUCAAAUAAAUAAACCUUAAGAAUAAGGAUAAACAACAAAUGAUGUGAAUGUUAAUUUAGAAAAAAAAGUGGAUGAUUAAUAAGUAUGAUUAUUAGUUCUUAGAUUUAAUAAGGUGGAAAGAAAAAACUAUAAUUAAGGAAACUAUCGAAGAUUUAAUAAUAAUUCUUCAUAUAGAAGAUUUGAUAAAAGAGAUAGACGUGAUUAUGAUAGAAGUUAGAGAAAUGAUAGGAAUGAUAGAAAUGAUAGGAAUGAAAAAAAUGAGAGAAAUGAUAAAAAUGAUAGAAAUGAUAAUAGAAAUGAAAAAAGUGACAGAAAUGAUAGGAACAAUAGUUUCAAUAGAGAUAAAUAUAGAAAUAGAUUUAAUGAUAGAGAUAGAAAUAAUAGAGAUAGAGAUCAAAAAGGAGAUGAAAGAAGUAUUUAUUAUAAAUUAAUAAUAUAAGAUUAAAGAAAUUAUUAAUAUCAUUCUAAAUGGGCUCAUGAUUGCUUUGAAAAGGAUAAAGAUUAAAGUCCAAAUAACAAUGUAUUAAUUAUUUUUAAUUUAUAUUUUAGCAAGUUAAACCAAGAGGAUCCCCAAUUUACAAAUGAGUAAGAUAAAUAUGCA